AUGGAUUUCCACAACGAAUCGUUUUUUUCCUUCGGAUACUCCAAUGUGACAACAGUUGCAGAUGGGGCCCUUCACUGCAGUGCCAUCCUCCCUGUCAUCUACGGCAUCAUCUGCUUUCUGGGUAUCAUAGGGAACUGUAUCGUCAUGUACACCAUCACGAAGAAGACAAAGUGCCGUUCCAAACAAACUGCUCCAGACAUCUUCAUCCUAAAUCUGUCCGUUGUUGAUCUCCUCUUUCUCCUUGGGAUGCCAUUCCUUAUCCAUCAGUUGCUGGGUAACGGCACCUGGCACUUUGGAGCAGUUAUGUGUACCGUUAUCACUGCGCUCGACUCCAACAGCCAGAUUGUUAGUACAUACAUCCUGACGGCAAUGACUCUCGACCGUUACUUGGCUACGGUCCACCCCAUCCGUUCCAGCUAUGUCCGCACGCCCUGCGUUGCUGCUCUGGUCAUCGGACUGGUGUGGCUUCUGUCCUUGCUCACCAUCAUUCCCGUGUGGAUGUACGCAGGCUUGAUGCCGCUUCCAGAUGGGCUGGUCGCUUGCGCGCUCCUUCUGCCUGACCCAGUUAACAAUACAUUCUGGUUUACACUUUAUCAGUUUUUCUUGGCCUUUGCCAUACCACUGGUCAUCAUCUGCCUGGUGUACUUCAAGAUCCUCCAGCACAUGUCCAACAGCGUGGCGCCACUUCCUCCGCGGAGUUUGAGAGUACGCACUAAGAAGGUGACCCGGAUGGCGGUGGCCAUCUGCCUGACGUUCUUCACCUGCUGGGCUCCCUACUACAUCCUGCAGCUCAUCCACCUCGGAGUACAGCAGCCGAGCCGGGCCUUUUCUUAUGCGUACAACAUUGCCAUCAGCAUGGGGUAUGCUAACAGCUGCAUCAAUCCGUUCCUCUACAUUAUCCUCAGCGAGACCUUCAAGAGGCAGUUUCUUCGGGCUGUGCGUCCGGUCAGCAGGAAGUUCCGCAUCAACCCCAGCACCACGGACGGCGGCAGCGUGAGCGUCCGAAUGAUACCUGAAGGGGCGCAGUAG